CCAUUGGCAAAAUUAUGGCAAGUACAAGACAAUGAAAUACCCAAAUUACUGCGUAUUGAGAAGAAUUUAAUUCAAGUAGAUGAAAUAUUAAAACCGUUGCUAGAUGAAGAAAGUUUUGGUGGAACUUAUAUAGACGUAAAAACGAAUCGUGUAGCAAUUAAUACAUUAAAUUUUACUAAGGCCGAUAAUAUAACAUCUAUUAUGAGGAAACAUAUUAAUUUUUUAUCAUUUGAAAAUGUUAACCACUCCUUAACUACAUUAAGACACACAUUUAACCGAAUAUCUGAACUAGCUCAAAGUAUAAGACCAAGAUCUAUUAGUUCUUUCAUUGAGAUAAAACUUAAUAAAGUAGUAAUAAUUUUAUCUCACAAAGAUGAUAAUCAUAACAAAGAAUUUUUAAGGGCUAUCGAAGUAUAUAGCGAUACUUUGAAUUUACAAUAUGCCGGUGACCAAAACCCAUCUAAUCCACCUCCUAUGAAUCUUCAAAGAAUAUCAGGCAGAGAUAAUGUAUUGCCUCAAAUUUUAAGUGGAGAAGGUAUAUAUUAUUUAAAAACCGGUAUAAGGUGUUCUGCAGGAUUUUGGGCAAAAUCGAAAGAUUCAAAUACGAAUUACAUUGUAACCGCAGGACAUUGUUCUAAAUUUGGGAAUUCUGCUUAUUAUCAUAUGCCGUGGAAUUCACCUUUCUCAUUAAGAUCAUCCAGAUCAUUUGGACAAACGUCAAUAUAUCAAAUUCAACCUUACGAUGUUGCUUUGAUUAAUAUAACAGCUAAUAUCAAACCAACAGCGAUGAUAAGAAAUACUGAUUCUGAAAUAUAUAAAGAGUUAUUUAUAUGUGAUGACAUUGCUGUAUCCACUCAUGGUGCUCAUUUAUGCAAAUCUGGUUAUGGUUCUCAUGUUACUUGUGGAUAUAUACGAGCGUUCAAUGCAUUUUUUUUGGAUGAUGAAGACAAUUUUAAUCCGCAAUUGACAAUUACGGACAUGUCGACGAUUAAUCGAGAUAGUGGAGGACCUAUAUUUUAUUAUAAGCAAAAUUUGCGUCAUGUAAGUUUAUAUGGUAUACAUAUUGUAGGUGGUGUAAAAAGUACUGCUAUGACACUACCAAUAAAAAUAAUUCUUGACGAAUUUAAGUUGGAUCUUUUACUAAAGAAAACGUUUGGCAUAUGCCCAAUAUUAUAG